CUGCCCCAUCGCUCCCACUGCCCCCUCGACCGACGCCACCGGCCCUCGGAGACCAGAGGGAGCGCACGGACCUCACCCCUGGGGGCUCCAGCGCCCUCCUGCCUUCUCCUCCCGUUCCCCAGGCCCCAUAGCACCGAGAUGGAGGGCAGGGGAGGACCCGAUUCCCGCGGGGUCAGGGUUUUCUUCCUCCUCGUCUUCCUCCUGGCUGGAAUCUCCCGAGCCCUGAAAGUCCAACACACUCACACGAUGGCGGAGUUCUUCCUGGAGAGCUUCCCUUCGGGGGAGAAGGUCGGGGAGGUGGUGUUCGCGUUCGACGACGAGGAGAUCCUCCACGUGGAUCGGGACCAGGAGCGGACGGUCUGGAGGCUGCCCGAUUUCAAGCAGGUGGCGAUUUUCGAGGCGCGGGGCGCCCUGAGCAACCUGGCCGUCCUGGAGCGCAACCUGGAGAUCACCAUGAACCUCACCAACCGGACGCAAGCCCAGAACGUUCCUCCUUCAGCAAUUGUGUACCCUGAAGAUCCCAUUGAACUGGGGGACCCCAACGUGCUCAUCUGCUUCGUGGACAAGUUCUUCCCCCCAGUCCUGAACAUCACCUGGCUGAAGAACGGGCAGGUGGUCCCCAGGGGCGUGGCAGAGACCACCUUCUACCCCAACGUGGACAACACUUUCCGCAAGUUCUCCUACCUGAGCUUCAUCCCACAAGAGGGGGACGUCUACGCCUGCCAGGUGGACCACUGGGCCCUCCAGGGGAGCCUGACCCGCCUCUGGUACCCCAAGGUGCCCCCUCCCGCCUCUGAGAUGCCCGAGAACCUGCUCUGUGGCCUGGGCUUGACCCUCGGCAUCCUGGGCGUCAUCGUGGGCCCCGUCCUCUUCUUCAAGGCCCGGAAGAUGAAUCAGGACCAGGGCGGCAUGUGAGUCAACCCUCCUUCAAUCCA